CAUCGCUAGUUAUUUUAUCCUUUUCUUCCCAUCUUCUUCGGACACUUCACUCAACCUUGGCAUCUUCAUACCAAAACUUAUCGACAAAUUAAUGAAAUGGACCCCAUAAGACAACUUCCCCCCGAUCACCUUCCUCGUCUGACCAAUUAUUUGGAAUCUUCACCUUCUCACCGCCGUCUAAUGUCAACAGCGGCUAUGAGUUAAACGAAGCUGAGCUUUUUUGGUCUGGCAACGUCGCUGAAAGCAAAAAUGGGCGCUCCAUAUCCACGAUGGUAGACAGAAAGCGGCGCCUAACUUUCGGUCGCCCAAAAAGCUCGGGCACCGUCGAUUUAUUAAUCGAACGUAGUUACCACGUCGGAGACUACGGGUUUGUACCGAGGCCGCCGGCUCAAAAUGCGCAUGUCACGGAGUGAUUCUCAAUGUCCGUGCCAGGUCUGCAAUUUCAGUAAUCGGCUCCGGUGAAAUUCAGUGCUUUCGAACCGGGCCAUGUCAAGGCGGCAGAACAAUAAGCUGGUUUUCGUGGAUAACGACAUCGUAGAUGACGAUGAGAUGUUACCGCCGCAUAAAAUCAUCGCUAGGGGAUCUGGUGCAUCACCGAAGACCACUUUUUCAAUGCUGGAGGGGGUCAAGAGAACCCUCAAAGGAGGGAUCUUCGCCAGGCAGCAGCACGUCCGCUGCGUAUCGUCCGUGAGAAGAGGAGCUAGGUCUCUGUGUUAAGAUGGAUCCUUCAGAGAUUUCAUGAUUUGCGGUUUCUUUCUGUUUUAAAUUUUGCCAUCUGGACUGUUAAUUACUCACUUUCUACCAAAUAAAAAGCUAAGGUCUCGACUAAC